AUGGCUUCCGUAUACAAGACCCUGUCCGGCGCGGAGAAAGACGAGAAGGAGAUGGGCGAGAAGAGAAACAAGCAGCGAGUCCUCAUUCUGAGUUCAAGAGGUGUUACCUUCCGACACCGACAUCUGCUACAAGACUUGUACUCGUUGAUCCGGAAAGAGGCCAAACUCGACACCAAGACUAAGCUCUACCAACUCAAUGAACUGGCAGAACUCUACAAUUGCAACAAUAUUCUCUUUUUCGAAGCCCGUAAGGGUAAAGAUCUCUACUGCUGGAUGUCCAAGCCACCAAACGGUCCUACUGUAAAGAUGCACCUGCAAAACUUGCACACCAUGGAAGAGCUCAACUUCAUCGGCAACUGUCUCAAGGGAUCGCGGCCAGUUCUUUCUUUCGACGCUGCGUUCGACAAGCAGGCCCAUUUGCGCGUGAUCAAGGAGCUCUUCACCCAGAUUUUCGGUGUUCCCAAGACGAGCCGAAAAGUCAAGCCUUUUGUAGACCACGUGAUGGGCUUCACAGUCGCAGAUGGCAAGAUCUGGAUUCGCGUAUUUCAAAUCAACGAAAGUGAGCCUGGAAAGAAGAAGCCUGUCGACGGCGAGGAGAUGGAUGUCGACGAGGCGCCUAAGAAGAAGAAGGGCGGCGAAUUCGACGUCAGCCUUGUCGAGAUCGGACCCCGUUUCGUACUUACCCCCAUCAUCAUCCAGGAGUCCAGCUUCGGAGGUCCUAUCAUCUAUGAGAACAAGGAGUUCGUCUCGCCCAACCAGAUCCGUUCCGACUUGAGGAAAUCAAAGGCCGGCAGAUUCAACAGGAGGACCGAUGCGCAGAGGGAUACGCUACUCAAGCACCAAGAUCUGGGACUUACGUCGCACGGUGGACGCAAGAAGGAGAAGGAUCCGCUCAGCGACAAUGUACUAUUCGCGUAA